AUGGAGGUCUCUAACAACACCGACGCCGUCAACCUUGGCGUUGGUGAAGUUGAAGCAGAAAUUGGCGAAGAAUUAAAACAAUUAGAGGAAGGAAAAGAUUUUGAUACCCGGAGUGAAGUAUCUAGUUCAUCUUCGAGUGACACUAGCACUCCGAGUAUCAGUUCUGUAAGCACUAAAUCUAAGGAGAGACGCACUAAUCGUAAACGAACCAAGUCAGCAAGCCAUUCACCUGUACAAAAUAAACGGCGAUGCGUUACAACCAGUAUCAAAAUUAAAACUUAUGACUACAUGACCAAGUUGAAUUAUUUAUUCAGGGACACACGAUUUUUCCUAAUAAAAUCUAAUAAUGCGGAAAAUAUAACAUUAUCUAAAGCAAAAGGAGUGUGGUCCACACUUCCUCAGAAUGAGGCAAAUUUGAAUCAGGCUUACAGAGAAUCUAGAAACGUGCUAUUGAUAUUCUCAGUUAAAGAAAGUGGGAAGUUUGCAGGGUUUGCUAGAUUAGGAAGCGAAUCCCGUCGGGAUGUUCCCCCUAUAUCGUGGGUAUUACCACCUGGGCUUUCCGCCAAAGUUUUAGACGGCGUUUUUAAAGUUGAUUGGAUAUGCCGAAAAGAAUUACCAUUCAGUAGUACACUUCAUCUCUACAAUCCCUGGAAUGAAGGAAAGCCAGUUAAGAUUGGUCGAGAUGGUCAAGAAAUUGAGCCAAAAGUUGCAGAAGAGUUGUGCAGGCUUUUUCCUGAAGAUGAGGGUAUUGAAAUGACCCCAAUUUUAAGAAAAUCCAAGGAAUCAUCUAAAAAAGGAUAUUUGAAAAGUGGUGGCAAUUAUAGGACAUACAGAGCACCAUUAUCUUCUCGAGGAUCUAACUAUAGAAGUCGCUUAAAUACAUCUUCUAGGAAUAGAAGAAAGUCUUUUUUGUCUCCUAGAAGUAGAUUGGCAUCAGGGUCUUACAAGCGACGAUCUCCUUCACCUUACUUGAGAGAACGUUUGCCAGCAUGGUUUGGACGUAACCGAGAAGGGUAUAGCAGUAGUAGCUCGGCAGCAGCUGAAGCUUAUGUGGCAGAGUACAUGCGAUCAAUGCACCAUCAGCUGCCACCUUUGCCAUACGUACCUCCACCGGGAUUUAGUGGUGCACUGUCUUCAUAUGACGGAAUACCUCCUCCACCACCGCCACCUCCACCUCGUUACUAUGAUUUAGCUGAUUAUCCGCGUUCAGUGUUAGUUUAUGAUAAGAGGUCUUAUGAACGUUCAGUGGAUGAGUUUCUGUGGCGCACUUCAGAUAGGUCUCGUGGUCGUAGUCGCGAACGUGAAACUCACAGAUCAUACCGUGAUCGACGAUAA